CAACUCCCUUUCUUGCUUUCUCUCUCUCUCUCUAACUUUUAGUACACUGUUUUAUUUUACAACAAAAAAGAAAACGCCCGUGGACAAUCACUAACUUUGAUGAGGCGGCAAUGCAUAUAUACUUUUCUUUCACUAAAUUUUUUAACUUCUUUCACAACAUCUAAGGAAGAGUGUUGCGAGAAAAUGUGAAUGCCAUGUUGGCUAUCAGUGUAGCAACUCCUCUAGCCUAAGUUUCAUUCAGCUAUAAAUAUCCAUGUUUGUAGAUGAAAAAGAUAUCCAAAAAAUAGAAAAGUACUAUCCUUGCUCUCCCUUUUGCUCUCUCUCUCUCUCGUGCCUUUUGUUGCUUUUUAAUUUUAGCACACAGUUCUAUUUUACAAUAAAAAUAACAAAAAAGAAAACGCCUGUGGAAAAUCAAUUUAAAUUAAAACCUUUUCCUUACACCACCUUUUCCUUCGCAACCUUUUCCUUGUCACACAAGCUACACUCCAACUCAACAAUUUUGUCGUCGAUCGAACGGUCACUAUUCUCCGGCAAUGUCUCUCAUCACUCCUCCACCGAUAGAUAUAAGACUGAAGAAAGAGCAAGAAGAAACGGAAAUAAAGAGAAUAGCGGUAUUAAAGGCUCGUCUCUACAGAAUCAUCAAGGUAGCUCGUGAUGAAGACCUCGGUGAACAAAUUGGAAAGGAGAUUUAUUUUGAUCUUGUGAAUUAUGAUAAAGUGCAUACAUUUAGUAUUCUGAAAUGUAUGCCAUUUAUUCAAUUCAAGAAGGAAGUUGCUAAGGCAUUUGGUAUACCGGUGCAAUUUCAACGUUACUGGCUAUGGGGAAAACGCAAGAACCACACAUAUCGGCCUGAUCGUGCAUUGACAGCUCAAGAGGAAAUUCAAUCCGUUGGCCAACUCAGAGAGGUAUCAAAUGAAAAUGCUGAGCUAAAUCUGUUUCUGGAGGUAGAAUUAUGUCUGGAUUUGCGACCUUUUCCUCCACCAGAUGAAACCAAGGAUGAUAUCCUUCUAUUUUUAAAACUUUAUGACCCUUUGAUAGAGAAGAUAAGGUAUGUUGGACGGCUAUCUGUAAAAGGAAGUGGCAAGCCGCUGGAGAUAUUAUCAAAGCUAAAAGAGUUGGCUGGCUUUUCGCCUGAUGAAGAAAUUGAACUUUUUGAGGAAUUACAAUUUGAACCCAAUGUGAUGUGUGAACACAUCGACAGUAAUAUGAGUUUCCAUUUCUCUGGGCUACUAGAUGGGGACAUAAUUUGCUUUCAGAAAUCCGUUCGAAAUCAAUGCAGUGAACAAUAUUGCUUUCCUGAGGUUCCGUCAUUUUUGGAGUACGUGCGCAAUCGCCAGGAACAAAAGGAACAAAAGGGAAAGGAGAAAGCAGAGGCUUGUCUCUACACAAUGAUCAAGGUAGCUCGUGAUGAGGACCUCGGUGAACAAAUCGGAAAGGAGAUAUAUCUUGAUCUUGUGGACCAUGAUAAAGUGAGUACUUUUUGUAUUCAGAACCAGAUGCCAUUCACUCAAUUCAAGGAGGAAGUUGCUAAGGCAUUUGGUAUACCGGUGCAAUUUCAACGUUACUGGUUGUGGGCAAAACGCCAGAACCACACGUAUCGGCCUGAUCGUGCAUUGACCGCUCAAGAGGAAAUUCAAUCUGUUGGUGAACUGAGAGAGGUUUCAAAUAAAUGGAAUAAUGCUGAGCUAAAACUUUUUCUGGAAGUAGAAUUAUGCCUGGACUUGCGACCUUUAUAUCCACCAGGGAAGAUGAUCAGAGAAGAAAUCCUUCUAUUUUUCAAACUUUAUGACCCUCUGAAAGAGAAGAUAAGGUAUGUUGGAAGGCUUUUUGUAAAAGGAAGCGGCAAGCCGCUGGAGAUAUUAGCAAAGCUAAAUGAGUUGGCUGGCUUUUCGCCUGAUGAAGAAAUUGAACUUUUUGAGGAAAUAAGAUUUGAACCAAAUGUGAUGUGUGAACAUAUUGACAAGAAGCUGAGUUUUCGCGGUUGUCAUCUAGAAGAUGGGGAUAUUAUUUGCUUUCAGAAAUCCCUUCGAAAUCAAGGCAAUGAACAAUAUCGCUUUCCAGAGGUUCCUUCAUUUUUGAAGUAUGUCCACAAUAAUCGCCAGGUCAUUGAUAGAUCGGCUAGGGCCUAGGAGGACCACUGCUCAGGCAUAGUUAUCGGGAGCAGAAGGAAGUAGCGGACUUGCUUGGGAAGGAAGAGCUGGAGAACAACUUUUUGAUCAUUUUGUGUAUAUACUCGUCCCUCCCAUGUCUGCUAUGGAAGCUUUAUUAGCUGAAGCAAAUAAAUUAGCACCACUUUUGUUAGGCAGUUAUCCGAUAAUCCUACUACUUCAGUUUCUGACUCUGCUUUGUAUGAACUAUUGGUAUUUGGUCCACAGUGACCCCAUAUUUUGUUAUGAUGCAUAUUGAUAUAUACUACCCCAAAAAAAAAAAUCCAGUAUCAGUUGUAAACAAACUGUGGAAAGUACUUAGACAAGCCUUUAUGGGCACUGGGAUCUUCGGCAAGCAUUUCUCU